AAAAAAGGUUUUUGCUGGGCUUAUAACGAAUCACAAUGUAAGUGGCUGAAUAAUUGUAGAUUCCGGCACGAAUGCGCUACCUGUUCAGGUGCGCAUCCUAAUUUUCGCUGCUAUAAAAGAGGACAACAAAGUGGUACAUUUCCAAAAAGCACAGACCCCAGUGAAAGUGGUAAGGUUACUACCUUAUCUCGCAAUCUAUCCAAACCGGGAGAAAGCCAAAUUAAUUAAAGAAGGUUUUGAAAAUGGUUUCAGGUUACCUGUAUAUAGUUCUGUUGAAUUUUGUUGGGUUGAGAAUUUAAAAUCAGUUUUAGAGUUACCAAGUUUAGCCUGGGAAAAGAUUUGCAAAGAGUUAGAGUUAGGGAGAGUUGAGGGCCCUUUUAAUGUUCCUCCAUUUAAAUGUUUUCGGUUAUCCCCUCUGGGUUUGGUUCCAAAGAAAGAACCCGGGUCAUAUAGACUAAUACAUCACCUAUCAUACCCUAAGGGAGGAUCUUUAAAUGACAUGAUUUCUAGAGAAGAAAGUUCAGUGUCUUAUUCAACUUUUGAUAAGGCUUUAAAUUUGGUAAGAAAAUGUGGAAGGGGUGCUUUGAUGGCGAAGGGGGAUAUAGAAUCUGCCUUUCGACUCUUGCCGAUUCAUCCCGAAUCCUUCAAUUCACUAGGUUUUCAGUUCAAAGGCCAGUAUUUUUUCGAUAAGUGCCUGCCUAUGGGUUGUGCACUGUCAUGUUCUUAUUUUGAGACCUUUGCGACUUUCAUGGAAUGGAUUAUUCGGUAUGAAUCAGGUCAGCAGCAAGUAAUGCAUUACUUGGAUGAUUUUUAUUUGUGGGCACUAAGGAUAGUGACAACUGUAAGAAUUUACUAGAAACAUUUAGAAGGGUGGCUGGUCAUUUAGGAAUCCCAUUAGCAGAGGAUAAAACGGUUUUACCCACAUUUUCUUUGCAAUUUCUGGGAAUAAUGAUUGAUUCAACAAAAAUGGAAUUUAGGUUGCCGGAGGAUAAGAUACUGAAAAUGAAGAUGCUGAUUCAGCAGGUAAUGGGCUGUGAGAAGGUGACAUUGAAAGUUUUACAAUCUCUGUUAGGUCUGUUAACAUUUGCUUCAAGGGUUAUUCCAAUGGGGAGAGCUUUCUCCAGGAAGUUGGGGAUAGCAAUGUCUAAGGUUAGGUCCCCAUUUGCACACAUUAGGGUAACAAAAGAAUUGAAGCAAGACCUUAAAGUAUGGAAUAAUUUCCUAACAGAUUUUAAUGGAAGAUCAAUGUGGCAACAAGAGUUUAUAGAUUCGGAUAGUCUUGAGCUGUUUACAGAUGCAUCUGGUGCUAUUGGUUUUGGCAUAUAUUGGAAUGGACAGUGGUGUGCACAAGAAUGGCCGGUUCUUUGGGCACAGGAAGGCUUAACCAAAAACUUGACAUUGUUGGAAUUGUUUCCAAUUGUAGCCGCAAUAUAUCUAUGGGGAGGAGCAUGGAGAAAUAGGCGGCUGAUCGUCACUUGUGACAAUCUAAGUGUAGUAAUGGUAAUUAAUUCCUUACAGUCUAGGUGUAAUAGAGUUAUCAAUUUACUUAGACACUUAGUGUUAAGGUGUUUUCAGCUGAACAUAUGGAUAAAAGCUAGACAUAUACCAGGCAAAAUCAAUAGGCUGGCUGAUGCUCUCUCACGAUUGCAAUUGCAGGAAUUUCGAAAAUUGGCACCAAGAGCAGCUGCGGAAGGAACCCAGUUCCCGUCAGACCUUUGGGAUUUGAUUGGGGACAGUUAAGUGUGAUGCUGAUGAAUUCAGUAGCUGUUUCUACGUGGAGUACAUAUGUCAGAGCAUGGAAUGAGUGGUUCAAAUUUAAUCAGUCAAACAAUAAAGAUCCGUUUGGAGAGGACAAGGAGAGCGCAAUACAAUUUACAUUGGUGUCAAUGCAGAAAGGUUUCUCUAAGUCCAAGUUAGCUUGUAGUUUAGCCGGGGUGGAUUUCUUUAGGAAGCUGUGUGAAUGUAAACCAAUUAAGCAGUAUUUCAUAGUUAAUCAGUUAGUUCGAGGUUAUAGAAGAGCCAGUAGAGUAAGGGAUAACAGAAAACCAAUAUCGUUUAAGGUGCUAUCACAGUUAUUUGUAGUCCUGGAGGAAGUAUGUUAUUCUGAGUAUGAGGUAGUUUUAAUUAGAUGUUCAUUUAUAAUAGCUUUUUUCGCAGCGUUAAGAAUUAGCGAGUUAGUGGCUAAGAGUAAGUUUUGUUUGUCAGGUUUACAAUGGGAAGAUAUUAUAGUUAAUGAUAGGAAAGUGAUGGUAUUCAUUAGAAAAUCUAAAACAGAUCAGGAAGGCAAAGGAAGAUGGUUAACAUUGCUGGAGAUUAAAGGUUCUUUUUUGUGUCCGGUUAAGGUGACAGAAAAUUACUUGUCAAUUAGACCAAGGGUUGAAGGUCCUUUUUUCAUGCAUAAGGACACCGUUCCGUUGACUAAGUUCCAAUUUAAAAAGGUCUUCAAGUUGUGCAUAGACAAGUUAAAGUUAGGCGAUGAGCGUUAUUCAUCUCAUUCUUUUAGAAUUGGAGCGGCAACAGAAGCAGCAAGGUGUGGUUUAAGUGAUGGAAUGAUUCAAAGGUUGGGGAGAUGGGAGUCUAAUAGAUUUCAAUUAUACGUCAGGCCUCAUUUGAUAUAUAAAAAAAAAAAAAAAAAGUUAACGGUUCUUUGUUAUUAAAGUUUAUGGAUGUAUAUGAACAUUGGCGUAUAUAUGUUAAUAAUCUUCUUUUGCUAGGUAAUAAGAAGCCGGCGAUUGCCUGGGUAAUCGGUCAUUCAUUUAUAUUUUGGGCCCAGAAGAGGGCAAAAGAACAGUCAUAUGGCGAAAAUCUCGGAUUAGAAAGCAAUGCUGUUAAAGUCUUUUGGAAAGGAAUUC